UUUCCUCCUUCUCUCUUUCUCUCUCUUCAUACCUUAUCUCUUUCUUGUUCUAAGCAGUUUAUUUUGUCGCCGCCGCCUCUUCCGGCGGUCGGAUCUCCGACAAUCUAUCUCUCUUUAUCCUUCCCUCUCCUCAUUAUCUAUAUUUUCAAAACAAAAAAAAAAAGAUCCGUUCUUUUUCUCUUGAUUCGUCUUAUCUUAAUCGCAGUCCUUAUUAGCAAUAUAUCUAGGGCUUUGUUUACAAUAAUCAGAGGAGAGGGAAGAGAGAAAAACUCUCCCAAAAAAAAUCUGAAAAAGCGUUGAAAAAGGAAAAACUAGGGUUUUUUUUUUUGUUUUUUAUCUUCAUGGCACAGGUUCAGGUUCAACCUCAGGCUAUGAACACUGGUGGUAAUCAGUUUGUUACGACUUCACUUUAUGUGGGUGAUCUUGAACAGAGUGUGACCGAUUCACAACUCUACGAUGUAUUCAAUCAAUAUGGUCAGGUGGUCUCAGUUCGUGUUUGUAGGGAUUUAGCAACUCGCCGUUCACUUGGCUAUGGUUAUGUCAAUUACAGCAAUCCUAUUGAUGCUGCUAGGGCAAUUGACCAGCUGAAUUUCACUCCUCUCAAUGGAAAGCCUAUAAGAAUAAUGUACUCACGUCGCGAUCCUAGCAACCGUAAAAGCGGGUCUGGCAAUAUCUUUAUUAAGAAUCUGGACAAGUCAAUUGACCACAAGGCAUUACACGACACCUUCUCACAAUUCGGGACUAUCCUCUCAUGCAAAGUGGCUACGGAUCCAUCUGGGCAAUCCAAAGGUUAUGGUUUCGUUCAGUAUGAUAGUGAGGAUGCUGCUCAGUUAGCUAUCGUGAAGCUUAACGGGAUGCUAUUGAACGACAAGCAAGUUUAUGUCGGUCCAUUCCUUCGCAAACAAGAAAGAGACAUAGCUGUUGACAAGGCGAAAUUCACUAAUGUCUUUGUGAAGAAUUUAUCUGAUUCAACAUCCGAAGAAGAUCUGAUGAAGACAUUUGGUGAAUUUGGACCGAUUACUAGUGUCGCAAUCAUGAGGGAUGCUGAUGGAACUUCCAAAUGCUUUGGCUUUGUCAACUUUGAGAAUUCGGAUGAUGCUGCACGAGCCGUGGAAUCUCUGAAUGGGAAUAAGUUUGAUAAUAAGGAAUGGUAUGUUGGAAAAGCUCAGAAGAAAUCUGAAAGGGAGCAAGAAUUGAAAAAUCGAUUUGAGCAGAGUGUGAAAGAGGUGGCUGAUAAAUCUCUAGGGCUAAAUCUUUACAUAAAGAACUUGGAUGAUAGUGUUGGUGAUGACGAGCUUAAAGAUUUGUUCGCUCCAUAUGGUACUAUAACUUCAUACAAGGUUAUGCGAGAGCCUAGUGGGAUAAGCAAAGGGUCAGGAUUUGUUGCAUUUUCUGCUCCUGAAGAGGCAAAUAGAGCACUCCUGGAGAUGAAUGGGAAGAUGAUUGUAAGCAAACCACUGUAUGUUGCUCAUGCACAGCGUAAAGAAGACAGGAGGGCCAGGUUGCAGGCACAGUUUGCACAAAUGCGUCCAGUAACUAUUGGUCCAUCUGUGGCUCCUCCUCGCAUGCCCAUUUACUCGCCAGCUGGUCCGCCUCUCGGUCAGCAAAUCUUUUAUGGACAAGCCCCGCCACCUAUGAUACCUCCCCAACCUGGUUUUGGGUAUCAGCAGCAACUUGUUCCAGGUAUGAGGCCUGGAGGAGGACCGAUGCCAAAUUUCUUUAUGCCAAUGGUUCCGCAAGGACAACAGGGUCAGCGUCCAGGAGGUAGACGGGCAGUAGGACCAGUCCCUCUACAGCAGAACCAACCGCCUAUGAUGCAACAACAGCAAAUGAUGCCAAGAGGACGUGGGGGUUAUAACCGAUACCCACCUGGUAGAGGAAUGGGUGACGUAUCAAUGGUGUCCGUGCCUUAUGACAUGGGUGGUGGUGGUAUGCUGCCACCACCUCUGCGUGAUUUAUCUUCUUCUCAGGCUAUCCCGAUUCAGGCUUUGGCUUCGGCUCUGGCAAAUGCUUCACUUGGAGAUCAAAGAACUAUGUUGGGAGAGAAUCUUUACCCACUUGUGGAAAAUGUGGAACCUGAGAAUGCAGCUAAGGUAACGGGAAUGCUUUUGGAGAUGGAUCAGACUGAAGUUCUACACUUGCUUGAAGCUCCAGAGGCUCUGAAAGCUAAGGUGGCUGAGGCUAUGGAUGUGCUGAGGAAUGUGCAGCAAUCUGGUGGUGGGACAACUGCCCCUGUUGAUCAGCUUGCGGGUUUGUCAUUGGAUUGAAGUGCUUUUUUUAACAGUUUCAUGUAGACUCCUGGUUGUCUGUGUGUACAACAUUUGUGUGUUUGUUUGUUGUUGUUUGUCAGUGUGCCAACCAUUUGUGUUGUUGUUGGUUGUUUGGUGUUUUUAUGAUUGAGACUAUUUAAAACUGUUAUAAUUAUUGAUUGAAAUUGCUAUCAUUAUGGAUUUACAAAUUAUUUUCUGUU